CUGACUGGCGGCACUGACUGGCACAACCCCUGGGCACUGACUGGUGGCACUGACUGGCAGCACUGCUGGGCUGCACUGGUGGGUGGCACUGGUGGGCAGCACUGGUGGGUGGGCACAGGUGGGUGGCAAUGGUGGGCACAGGUGGGUGGGCACAGGUGGGUGGCACUGGGUAGGUGGCACUUCUGGGCACAGGUAGGUGGCACUGCAGAGUAGCACAGUGGGUGCACUGCUGGGCACAGGUGGGUGCACUGCUGGGCACAGGUGGGUGAUCUGCUGGGCACAGGUGGGCGGAGCUAGUGGGCGCACUGCUGGGCACAGGUGGGCGGAACUUGCGGGUGGCACUGCUGGGCACCGAUCAUCAGGGCACUGAUCAUCAGUGCCCUGAUGAUCGGUGCCGAUCCCCGCUCUGACAACUGCCGGUUCUCGGCAGUACUUUCCUCACGAUCUGACAGCGUGAGGAAACGUGUCAUUGGACACCACUGAUCAC